AAUCUUCAUUGAAUCGUGAUCCGUGACUGAAAUAAAUUCAAGUUUGGUUAGAUAUUGAAAUUAAUUAUUUGUGAAUAAAAUAAGUGAAUUUGUUUUAUCAAGAUGGUGUCCCUAAAUCCCACAAGAAUCUUGAAGCAUGAUGCUGAAGAAGAAAAAGCCGAGUUGGCUCGUAUGUCCAGCUUCAUUGGUGCUAUUGCUAUCGGGGAUCUCGUGAAAAGUACUCUCGGACCGAAAGGCAUGGACAAGAUAUUGGUCUCUUAUGGCAGAAAUUCAGGACAAGUUGAGGUUACAAAUGAUGGUGCUACUAUUUUAAAGUCCAUAGGUGUCGAUAACCCCGCCGCUAAGAUCUUGGUGGACAUGUCAAAAGUCCAGGAUGAUGAAGUUGGGGAUGGCACAACAUCAGUCACUGUUCUAGCUGCAGAAUUAUUAAGAGAAGCAGAAAAACUAAUUGAACAGAAACUUCACCCACAAACCAUCAUAGCGGGUUGGCGAAUUGCUACUAAUGCGGCAAAGCAAGCUCUUUCUGAGGCUAGUUUUGAUCAUGAAAAGGAUUUCAAUGAAGCUGCACUGAGAGCAGACUUGGAAAACAUUGCUCGCACUACAUUGAGUUCCAAAAUUCUAUCUAACCACAAAGAACACUUCACAAAGUUAGCUGUGGAUGCUAUUCUGAGGCUCAAAGGCUCUGGCAAUCUCAAAGCCAUUCAAAUAAUCAAAAUAUCUGGUGGUCUACUAGAAGAGUCUUUCCUUGAUGAAGGAUUUUUGCUAAACAAGAAGGUCGGAGUACAUCAACCCAAGAAGAUUGAGAAUGCCAACAUACUGAUUGCCAACACACCUAUGGACACAGAUAAAAUCAAAGUCUUUGGAUCCACAAUCAAGGUGGACUCCAUGGCCAAGAUUGCAGAACUGGAAGUUGCCGAAAAAGAAAAGAUGAAAGACAAAGUGAACAAAAUUCUCUCACACAAAUGUAAUGUGUUCAUCAACAGACAACUUAUCUACAACUAUCCUGAGCAACUGUUUGCUGAUGCUGGAGUUAUGGCCAUUGAGCAUGCUGACUUUGAUGGUAUUGAGCGUUUAGCUCUUGUUACUGGCGGAGAAAUUGUUUCCACCUUUGACUCACCAGACAAAGUCAAAUUGGGACACUGCAAAGUUAUUGAACAGGUGUUGAUUGGUGAUGAGUGCCUUAUUCGUUUCUCCGGAGUGGAGUUGGGUUCAGCCUGCACAAUAAUAAUCCGUGGAGCUACACAGCAAGUCAUUGACGAGGCAGAGAGAUCCUUGCAUGACGCUCUAUGUGUUCUGGCUGCCACUGUCAAGGAACCUAAAGUCGUGUUUGGUGGUGGUGCGAGCGAGAUGCUGAUGGCGGAGGCGGUGUCGCGAGCGGCGGCGCGCACGGCGGGCAAGGAGGCGGCCGCGGCGGAGGCGUUCGCCGUGGCGCUCCGCCGUCUGCCCUCCGCCGUCGCCGACAACGCCGGAUACGACAGCGCCGACCUCAUUGCCCGUCUGCGUGCCCAUCACGCUCAGGGAGAGAACACUAUGGGCCUCGACAUGGAGAACGGCAAAGUGGGUGACAUGAAGAAGCUUGGUAUCACGGAGUCGUAUGUGGUGAAACGUCAGGUUCUGUUGUCUGCGGCCGAGGCGGCCGAGGUCAUACUGCGCGUCGACAACAUCCUCAAAGCGGCCCCGAGGAAGCGCGGACCUGACCGUCGCCCGUGCUAAAGAAAAAAAUAUUUUUUUUUAUGAAUGCUACACUUAGGUAUUUGCCAACCAACGCCACUACCCUCAAUAGUGAUCUUCAGUUUCACAUCAUAAAUGAUAGUGCAUUAUGGUAAUUCGUCAGCGUCAAAUUUUCUGGUAUCUUAUUUCAGCGAUAUUAUUUUGCAUAUGCGAUAAAAUGUCGUUUUUGUGAAAGAAAAAAUACCGAGUCUAGCAUUCGUCAUACAAUAGACUUACCGUGUACGAAAACUUUAACAAAAUUAAAAAUAAGUACAAGAAAUUAUAUUAUUUUUAUAAUAUUCACACACACAUUUUCUUCUAAUGAGCUUACGAAUACUAUGCGAAAUAUUUAUUUGUAUUGUUAUUUUAUUAACAUUACAGCGAGGACCUGUAGUGUAUCCUUAGUAACGCUAGGCACGGUGUGCUUUGUACGCAUUUCAUUUACUUUAAUAUAGUUUUAGUUGGGCUUAAGCCUCAAUUGUAUUAACAAAUAAAAGCUUAUAAGUA